AUGGGACGAGGAAGAGAUCGUAGCCGUGAUAGACGUCGCAGCCGAAGCAGAAGUAGGAGCAGAAGUCGGAGUCGAAGCCCUCGUUAUGGUUUAGGAUCCGGCGGUGGUUAUGGUGGAGGUGGACGCCGUAGCAAUCCAGGAGCUAGUUUGCGUAAACCUAAAUGGGAUUUGAGUAGGCUAAAGCCCUUUAAGAAAGACUUUUAUGUCCCUCAUCCAGACGUAGAAAGCAGACCUGAUUCUGAAGUUGAAGCUUGGAGAAGUGAAAAUGAAAUAACAUUAAAAGGUCGGAACAUUCCUAAACCUACAUUGACAUUUGAUGAGGCUGGAUUUCCAGAUUAUGUUAUGGACGAGAUUGACAAAAUGGGAUUUUCCAAGCCUACGCCCAUUCAAGCUCAAGGAUGGCCUAUAGCUCUUAGUGGGUACGAUAUGGUUGGAAUUGCUUCUACUGGAUCUGGUAAAACACUCUCUUAUAUAUUGCCAGCUAUUGUUCACAUAAAUCACCAACCUAAGUCUAGCAGAGGUGAUGGACCCAUUGCGUUAGUUUUAGCCCCUACUAGAGAAUUAGCUCAACAAAUACAAGAAGUGUGUGAUAAAUUUGCUAACACAUCUAAAAUACAUAACACUUGUUUAUUUGGAGGUGCUCCUAAAGGGCCUCAAGCAAGAGACCUGGAUGCGGGGGUAGAAAUUGUUAUUGCUACUCCAGGGCGUCUGUUAGACUUUUUGGAAAGUGGAAGAACUAAUUUAAAGAGAUGCACCUAUUUGGUCUUAGAUGAGGCUGACAGAAUGUUGGAUAUGGGUUUUGAACCACAGAUUAGAAAAAUUAUAGAACAAAUUAGACCUGAUCGUCAGACCCUCAUGUGGUCUGCUACAUGGCCAAGGGAGGUACAAAGCUUGGCUUCCGAAUUUCUUAAAGAUUAUCUACAAAUUAAUGUUGGUUCCCUGCAAUUAGCUGCAAAUCACAAUAUUUUACAAAUUAUUGAUGUUUGUAUGGAGUAUGAAAAAGAAACAAAAUUAAGCACUCUUCUAAAAGAAAUUAUGGCUGAAAAAGAGAAUAAAACUAUAAUAUUUAUAGAAACAAAGCGACGUGUUGAUGAUAUUACUAGGAAAAUGAAAAAGGAUGGAUGGCCUGCUGUAUGUAUUCAUGGUGAUAAGUCACAAAAUGAACGAGAUUGGGUAUUGCAAGAUUUUAGAAGUGGAAAAGCUCCUAUUCUUGUAGCCACAGAUGUAGCAGCUAGAGGUUUAGAUGUUGAUGAUGUUAAGUUUGUCAUUAAUUUUGACUAUCCAAGCAACUCCGAAGAUUAUGUGCAUCGCAUUGGACGAACAGGAAGGACAAAUAAAACUGGAACAGCUUAUACUUUCUUUACACCUUCAAAUGCUGCUAAAGCAGGAGAUCUUAUCUCAGUAUUAAAAGAAGCUAAACAAGUUGUAAACCCUAAAUUGCAAGAACUUGCUGAGCGUGGAGGUGGAGGUGGACGACGUCAUCGAGGUCGUGGAGGAAGAUAUCGUAGAGGGCGAAGAUCCCGUUCAAGAUCACGUUCGCGUCGCCGUCGCACUCGAUCUCGAUCGCGUUCUCGGGACCGACGGCGUCGCCGUCAUAGUUCAUCAAGAUCUUCACGAAGCAGAUCAUCAAGAUCAUCGAGAAGUCAUUCUCGAUCUCGUUCCCGCUCUCGUUCCCGUUCACGUAGCCGUUCACGUUCAGGCAAGUGCAGUCAGGACGCUACUAUCGCUGCCACAAAGCCCGUGGGCCAAGCUCUACUGCCUACUCCAAAGCCACUUCUACCUACUCCAAUUGGUCCCCAGCUUCCUGUAUUACAGAAUAAUAUAGGUUCUUCAACUACUCUACGUAAUGAAGACUCAAAUAUGAGAAGAAAUGAUAGAACAACUAAUGAUGUUCAACAACAAUUACAACAGCAGCACCAGCAGCCGCCGCCGCCGCUGCCGCCGCAACAGCAACAGCCCAAUCAAAUUCCGCCGUUAAUGGCUCUCAAUCCUCAAAUGUGCAUGCCACCACCAAUGAAUGGUCAAGGUUUUGUUAUGCCACAAUUCUUUCCUGCUGAUCAAUAUGGUAUGAUGAUGCAACCUUUUAAUUCUAGUCCUAUGCUUGCUCCUACCGGUUGGGCGGCACCUCCUCCACCACCACCUCCUCCUCCACUUUCCGGCUCCUCAAGCAGUAUUAAUACCUAUAACAAAGAACAAAGUGGCUAUGGGGAAAGCGGCCUAGAGUCAGAUUCCAGAAAGCGAGGCGCCCGCUCUGGUGGUCUUGGCUCAGGCGGUGGUCUGGGCUCCGGCGGUGGCCUUGGCUCCGGCGGGGGCCUUAGCUCCGGCGGGGGCUUUAGCUCCGGCGGUGGCCUUGGCUCCGGCGGGGGCCUUAGCUCCGGCGGGGGCUUUAGCUCCGGCGGUGGCCUUGGCUCCGGCGGUGGCCUUGGCUCCGGCGGUGGCCGUGGCUCCGGCGGUGGUCUUGGCUCCGGCGGUGGCCUUGGCUCCGGCGGGGGCCUUGGCUCUGGCGGGGGCCUGGGCUCUGGCCGCGGCCACAGCACCAGCGAUGAUCGUGACUACGGCGGAGGCCUCGGCUCAGGCGGGGGUCUCGGCUCUGACGGAGGCCUCGGGUCUAAUGAAGGCCAAAGCUCUUCGAGAUCGAGAGGAGGUCGAGACAGACGUCGACGAGGAAGAGGACGAAACAACGACUACGACUCGGAUGGUCCGGGUGGUGGUCUCGGUUCUCAAGGAUCCGGCGGUCUUGACGGCGGCCUGGGUCAGGCCUCCUACGGAUUGGCCUCUGGCGGACUCGGUGUACCCCAUGGGGGCCAAAUGCCGCGCAUGCUUCCCCAACCCGGUGAGAACUACUUUGGACCACAAGGUGCUAAUUUUACAGCAUUUGGCUCUUAUGGUUCUAAGAAUAAUAAAAGAAACCAAGAUGAUAAUAAUGCCAAUGACACAUUCAGAAAUGACAAUUAUAAUGGAAUGGAGUUAUAUGAUCAGCAAAAUAUGGGACCAGGAAGGCCAUCUGGCCUUGGCUUGAACCAGAAUGGUUCCGGUGAUGUGCAGGUUAAUGGCUCCAUGGGGUACAAUAAUAACCGCCAGAGGAAUCGCCAACGGCGGUGA